GGAACAGAAAAGGAGGGGCUGUAAUUGGAAAAGAUCUGAAAAAAAUAUUCUGAGUACUAAUUCUAGUUUGAAAUAAGCAGAAGCGUGUCGCAUCAGGGUGUUUUUUAUGAAACUAUAACUAAGGGAAGUUAAUAACUAUAUAGCCUGUACACUUGGUGCAUUUACUUACUUCUAUUAAUUAAAUGUACUUUGUAUUGUGUGCCCCAUUUAUUACAUUCUGUGUCAUAUUUGCUGUGACUGCCAGGGAAGGGUUAUGAUAAAGUCAGAGGCAAUGAAGAUGGGUGCUCAUCUAACAGGUGCUCCACUCCCUUUGUUCUUUGUAUACACAUAUUCAAAUCACAUAAGGCAGGGGACAGGAUAGGGCCUGUUAACUCAUUGCUGAUUUCCCUAGCAAAUAAACCAGCAGCUGCAGGUCCAAGCCUUGGCUUAGUGCUGAGGAGAAGGUGGCAUUUGUGUGGGACAGGAUGCUUUCAUGGAGCCCCUUAGCCAACUUCUUUUGGGACUUACAGUGCAAAAUAUAUUUUCUGCUUGUAGGUAUUUGUUCUGCCUUAAAGUUGACAGUACCAUCUCAAACAAUCCAUGGUAUUGAGGGACAACCACUUCAUCUUACUGUUGACUACAAUUUCAAUGCUACAGCUUCUGAAAUCCAGAUAAUUUGGCUUUUUGAGAGGCCUCAGAGUAAUCCAAAAUACUUGCUUGGCUCUGUAAAUCAAACAGUAGUUCCAGACUUGGAAUACCAGCACAAGUUUACCCUUGUACCACCAAAUGCAUCUUUGAUGAUCAAUCCAUUACGUAUAAGCGAUGAGGGCAAUUAUAUUGUAAAAGUCAAUGUCCGUGGAAAUGGAACAAUAGCUGCAAGUCAAAAGAUUCAAGUAGCUGUUGAUGUUCCAGUCACAAAGCCAACUGUACAUACUGAACCAUCUUCAGGAGUAGUGGAAUAUGUAGGGAAUAUUACCCUAAAAUGUACUGUGGGUAAAGGUACAAGAGUAACUUACCAGUGGAUGAAAAAUGGGAAGCAUCUCCAUGCUGGCCCUAAUUAUACCUUUUCAUCAAACAAUGCUACACUUCUAAUUGUUCCUGUAGUAAAAGAAGACAUUGGGAAUUACAGCUGUCUGGUAUCUAACCCUGUCAGUGCAAUGGAAAGUGAGAUAAUUGCACCAACCAUAUAUUAUGGACCUUAUGGACUUAGAGUAAAGUCAGAUAAAGGUCUGCAUAUAGGGGCUGUGUUUACAAUUGACGUGGGAGAAGUUAUACUGUUUGACUGUUUGGCAGAUUCAAAUCCACCAAAUACUUAUUCGUGGAUUCGAAGGGAUGACAAUACCACUCAUGUAAUCAAAUAUGGACCCCAUCUGGAAGUUGUAUCUGAUAAAGUGGCCCAGAAGACAGUAGAUUACAUGUGCCGUGCUUUCAACAACAUGACUGGAAGACGGGAUGAAACUCACUUCACCGUCGUCGUUACUUCUGUGGGGUUGGAAAAGCUGGCCCAGAAAGGAAAAUCUUUAUCUUCACUUGCAGUAAUAACAGGAAUUUCAUUAUUUUUGAUCCUAGCUAUGACUUUUUUAUUCCUAUGGAAAAGAUAUCAGCCACAUAAAGUAAUACAACAGAAGCUGCAAAGCAGGCCAGAAGCUGAUUACAGAAAGGCACAGGCAUUUUCAGGACAUGAAAGUGCUUCGGAUGAUUUUGGGAUAUAUGAGUUUGUCGCUUUUCCUGAUCUUGCCAGUGGUUCUAGGGUUUCAAGUCAAUCUGUUCCUGGCUCUGACUUUGUCCCAGGCCAGGAUAUGCUUAGUACCGUUUAUGAAGUUAUUCAGCAUGUUCCUGACCAGCCACAACAGGACCACCAACAGAAUAAAUGCAACAAAAAGAUGUAUAUGAAGACAUGGGAACAGAAAAUCAAAGCAUCUGAAAGUACUUCUUUUUCUUUAUAAUAUGCUGAAAGGAAAUGCCAUCAACUCCAAGAAUGGCAAAGGCUUAUGCCACCUCUGCUUGAAAUAGCAAUUUUUCUUCAGACUGACAAUCCCUUUCCUUGGGGUGCUCCAGGCUGCUCAUUUCUUGAUUUUUUUCUUUUUUAAAGUAAUAGUUCCUUGAAAAAUACACGUAUUUUUUAUUAAUUUCCUUAUUGGUGAACACAAAAGACAAAGAGGCAGCUUUAAAAAUGCAGUAUAAAAUCUAUAUAUUUUAUUAAAAUAAUCAGUAGAGGCACAAGAAGAAGUCAGGCCCAAGAUGCCACCCUCACUUGUUUUAUUAAAAAAUGGCCAAAAUAGUAUAUGAGAAUUUUUCAUUGGUGUUGACUUUUACAAGAAUACUGCCAUGAAAAGUAAUAAAUGCAAUAUGACAGAUUGCAA